AUGGCUUCCUGCAGCAGUCUCUUGUGUGAAGAACAGUUUCACUGCUCAAUCUGCCUGGAGGUCUUCACUGAGCCCGUGUCCAUUGCAUGCGGCCACAACUUCUGCAAGGCCUGUAUUACCGGAUACUGGGACAACAGCGGCCACUGCCAGUGUCCACUCUGCAAGCAGACCUUCACGAUGAGACCAGAGUUAAAAACCAACACGACGAUCCGAGAAGUCUCUGAUCAUUUUAAAGGGAUGAGAAACAGAAGCUUUGAUGAAUUGGAAGACGGAGAUGAGGCCUGCGACAUCUGCACUUCGAGGAAACUGAAGGCCGCAAAGUUCUGCAUUGAGUGUCUGACUUUUUUCUGCGAAAUCCACCUUGAGCCUCACCACAGAGUUGCAGGUCUGAAGAGACACACAUUACUCAACCCUGAGGUCAAACUGGUCAACAGGAUGUGCAGGAAGCACAAUUUUGUCCUGGACAUGUUCUGCAGGACGGACAAUGAGUAUGUUUGCCAGUUCUGCAUCAGUGAAGACCACAAAGAUCACCACACUGUACCAAUGGAGGUAGAGUGUGACGAGAUUAAGAUCCAUCUUGGAGAGAGAGAGCUGGAAGUACAACAGAUGAUCCAGGAGAAGCUGCAGAGGGUCCAGGAGGUCAAACACCUGGUGGAGCUAAGCAUGAGGGACACCCAGAGGGACAUAUCGGACUGUGUGCAGGUGUUCACCACUCUCAUGGCCUCGAUUGAGAGGAGUCGAUCAGAGCUCAUUUGGGUGAUUACGAAGAAGCAGAGGGCAAUUGAGAGGAAGGCUGAGGGCUUCAUUAAAGCUCUUGAGCAAGAAAUUAGCGCACUACAGAGGAGGUGCACAGAUCUGGAGCAGCUCUCAAACACAGAUGACCCUUUCUAUGUCCUCCAGAGAUCAUCAUCGCUGUCCAACCUUCCACACACGAAUACUGAAGAAGAGUUCAGCAUCCAGAGCAGUCGGCAUGAGCAGAGUAUCAGGAAAUCUUUGCGUUGUGCCAUUUCUGAACUCCAAGAGACAGCAAGGAGAGAACUUUCUGACUUGGAAGACAAGUUCAACAAAGAAAUGGCAAAGUUCCCUGAUCAAAAGCUGAAGUGGAUUCGGCACUACGCUGUGGAUGUAAGCCUGGACCCCGACACUGCACACUGUUCCCUCACCCUCUCCAAUGAUGGGAAGGAGGCGAGGGAAGGCAAGUGGCAGAAGAAAGCUUUCCACCAGAAAAGAUUCACAGGAUUAUUGGGUGCGUCAGUUGUAGCAAAGGAAGGAUUCUCCUCAGGGAAAUUUUACUUUGAGGUGCAAGUGGAAGGGAAGAACAAGUGGGCCAUCGGAGUCGUUAGGGAGUCUGUAGAUCGGAAGAAAUGGUAUCCAAUAUCAACUCAACAUGGAUACUGGACAAUAGAGCUGGGAGAUGGAUGCAAGGCCAACACUGCUCCCCCUGUCUUACUCUACCCACAGAAGCUGAGGAAGGUUGGAGUGUUUGUGGAUUACGAAGAGGGCAAGGUCGCCUUUUAUGAUACAGAGGGCAAGUCUCAUAUCUACUCAUUCACUGGCUACACCUUCACUGAAGAACUCUACCCAUACUUUCACUGUGGUAUUGGUGAUAGUGCUCCAUUGGUCAUAAUCCCUGUAAAUGAUGAGGACUAG